UAAAAAAUACGGGGAUAUUGCAAUCACUUAUGCAUUCUUUUUGGCACUAAUGUACUUCAGGACAUCGCCUGUUUACAAUAAAAUUUACAUAAUUGUCUUGAUUCUCUCCUAAUCUGUCCAUUUCCAUACUACCAACGAGGCAAUGAGUGGUUGUUGUGUAAAGGUCGCCAUGGCAAUUGACAACGCUGCUGUUUCACAGCAGGCUUAAGUCACCGCUUACGUUCAUUCAUCCUCGUUCGUUUACGACUGUGUACCGUUUUUGACUUGUUUCUCAAGAGAAAAAACAACUCUGGACUUGGAGGAAAGUAAGUCGAGGUGUCAAAAACGUCAACAGCUGGCUUAGUAAACAAAACAGCGUGGUGAGAUUUUACAAGAAUAUCGAACGCAGAAGCCGAGGGGUGUCUUGGGGGUAGACGGAAGGGGGUAUAAAAGGAAGCCGCCGGGUGCAGAAUGGCCAGUCAACUAGCUAUUAUUGAGAAGGAGGUGGAGAAGAAGUUUUUCACCGAGGAGAUCGAGAUAGAAGCCAAACUGAGAGAACUGUCGUUGGAUGCUGAAAAGAAGGAUGCACAGGAUCAAAAAUUGAAUGAAAAACUAGAAAAAGAAAAUCAACUUUUGAAAAAGAAACACAAAGAUCUAAUAAAGGAAAUUGAUAAGGUAGUUGCGCGAUUCAGAUCUAGAAUCGUCUACUCUCCCACUGAUGCACACUUGGAAGAAGCAAAAGCAAACUACAUCAGAAAUUUAAAUAUACUCCGAACAAAACAAAACAGAGAAGUCCGCCACACGAGCAGGGAAAGAAGGAAAUAAUUACAUGUCACAUAAGUCACCAUCCAGUUCUCCACCCCUGCCGAAACGCACAGACAGAAGAAUGUCUAAUUGUGAAAGCUUUGGACCGCCAUUAGAUUAUUCAUUCAAAAGUUUAACAUCGAUAGAAGGGCUUGCGAAUGAAAAACCGAGACGAGGGGUGAAAAGUUACAAGAGAAACAAGGCUGGCAGAUACAGCUGUACUUCCUUAAGGCUCAACAACAAUUAUUUAACAUCAAUCAGUGGGAUUCAUGGCAUCGCCAACGAGCUUUUGGAAUUUCCUGAAAAGUUGACUUGGCUGGAUUUGUCGUUCAACCGACUUGCUUCGAUACCAACAGAACUAUCAGCAUUUAUCAACUUGAAAAUAGUCUAUCUCCAUGGAAAUCAACUUGCUGAUUUACCAUCUGUUCUUAGACCAUUAAAAAUGCUGACAGAACUUUACAGCUUGACGGUACAUGGAAACCCCCUCGAAGAACGAAGAGGGUACAGGAAUAAAAUCAUUCUCAACUUGCCCAAUUUGAAAUCCCUCGAUUUCAACAAUGUCACCGUUGCCGACCGCAAGCGCCUUCAAUCAUUGCAACAUAAGAAAAAAGAAUAAUUCAACUAUUUAUAAUAUUUCUAUUAUUAUAUAAUUUAUUUUAUAAGACUUACCACUUGUUUUUUGUGAUACAAUGUGUGAUAAAUGUUAAUCAUGUACAAGAAAAAUAUCAUCCAAAUAAAACAUUGUGCCUUAAAACGCUUUUAAUGAAAUUACAGCAUACAUUGUAGCUUUGUAUCUAUUUAUAAUAAAUUAAUGGAUGAAGAGAGGCUUGAUAGAAAAAUGUGAAUAUUUAUUAAAUAAUG